AUGGAGAGCAACCGAACCCACUUGUUUGCAUUGCAGGCAAGGCUGAACAUGAUGAGCUUGAGCCUUCUAAUCGGGGCCCUCAGCCUAUGCGUUGCUCAAGAGGAGGGCUACAGCGAAGAAACUUCCUGGAUUGAAGCUUCAAGCACCAACCUUCUGCAGUUUGGCCAAGCCCUCCGAGACUCACAGCCAGAGUGUGGACACCUCACCGUAGAGGCCUGCGACCCAAGGGCUAACGCUUUUUGCAGCAACAACUGCCGUAUCCACACACACGGGGCAGACUGCUACCGGCCGGUUCCAGAUGUCAUGGCCGAACAUCCUGGGGAAGAUGGUUAUUGCUAUUUCAAUGCAACUGCUUUUUGGGUGUCAUAUUCAGGCCCAAACCCACACUUUGAAAAGGAAGCUGCUGAGGGGGUCCUCUUCUUGAGAGGCCCGUCCUAUAAAGGCCUAAACACUGGGCCGCUGCUCGCCUACUCUUUCGAAGAUGCGGUGAAUCUCACCACCUACGCGGACAGCGCCCACUACCUCUACGACGACCUCUACGCCUAUUCUCUGGGCUUUCUUCAAGGUCAGGGGUUGGAUCCCAAGUGGAUGAAGAACUCCUCCAAAUGGAUCUCCAUCUCCCGAGAGAAAUGUGACGAAAUCCAGGCCAAGUUCGCCUUCGAGAAGGAAGAGCUCGUACUCGCAGACUGGCUCGACUUCAACAUGGUGAUAUCAGCUAUGACCAUGUGUAGCGCUGGCAUGAACAUCUCCUACAUGGACGCAGACAUUUUGAGAGCCGCAGGCUGGAAGAGCCCCACAGACUGCAAGCCUGUCACUAGCCGCGACUUCGCGAAGCACCACUAU